GGCCAACGACUAGGAACCCGGAAGGGAGCGCCCUCGCGCGGGCGGAGGCGGGGGGCACUAUCGAGCGCGAGGCGGCCAGAGCGGCCGGGAGCGAUGCGGUUCAACGAGCGGGAGCUGCUCUCGCUGUCGCGGCAGCCGGCCGAGAAGGCGGCCGAGGUCCUCAUGCGGGCCCCCAAGAAGGGAAGCGUCCUGAAGAAACGCCUCGUGAAGCUGGUUGUCAAUUUCCUUUUUUAUUUCCGAACGGACGAAGCAGAGCCCAUUGGUGCUUUGCUGUUGGAACACUGCAGAAUCCACCAAGAAGAAAACAAUGUUUUUUCCAUUGGCUUCCUCGAAGAACCCGACCGAAAGUACUACUUUGAGUGCGACACGGCCGAGCAGUGCCAAGAGUGGGUCGAAGUGCUGAAGAGAGCCAGAACAACUCUGGGAGGUAGGCCAGGCAGAGCGCAACAGGCCCAAGAAAGCUCCGUGGCAGAAUUCAGGAUUUGAACUCGGCUCUCACUGCUCCCCCUUCCCUUGCACUCUUUUGGGCUGCUGCAUGGACACUCCUGCCCUGUCCCCUCCGAACCUUCUGCCAGU